CUUCUGCGGCUUGAUCCGGCCUCAACAUCCAAAAAUAUUCCCGCUUGGCGUCUUUGGAUGUCAGCGGUAGUUCGGUGCUGAGUUAAUACACAGUACACAUAUACUGCAGCUCGUAAUGCACUUCCCUUUCCCGUCACAGGCAAUGUCCGUCACGGCAAUUGUUAUAUAUAUACACCCAUAUAUAUAUUGUAUAUAUGUUCUUCCUGCGCUGAUCCGAAUCCAAGUAAAAUCAAUUUUACGCUCGGUAUACGCUAUCAGAUCCCUUUUGCACCAUCAUCUGCGUUUUCCCACAUAUUGUACAUUUUUCUACCAGGACAAAUUUACCAAAGUGCUCCUUCAAUAUGCACCACAUGGAUGUCGGGGCAUCAUGAGUGUGUACAUAUAUAAGUAUGGUUUCUAUAUAUAUAACAGGUAACCAUCACCUGAAACGGCACUCUCAUCAGCCGACAGCGGCUGUUGUAUUCUUCCCAGCCGGUUUCUCUCCCGGACGGCAGAAUAUACAUACGUGACGUCCUGGUGUUGUGCAGCGCGCAGCACUCUCCACGAUUCGACGCCGUAGUGGCAGAGAUAUUAUUAUUAUUUUUACAAUUCCUAACCCAAUCUAUUCAUAUAUGUCUCAUAUCGCACUCGCCCGUAAUGCAGUGGGUCGAUUCAAUCCGCCGAGCAUCUUUCACAGUCAGUCGUGAGGCAUUCAUCCAGCGAAAAAUUAUCCUUUCACCAUCUUUUUUCAUCCCGCAGAUCUAGUAUUAUAAAAACGGCUAUUGCUGCAGUGUGUCUAUACGAAUGCUGUGCGGUGUGCGAUCACUAGCGCUUACAGCGUUCCAUUGCCACUGGAUUGGCUAUUGUAAGUCAUCAAGAAAUUCGGCAGUUUCCGGUAACGUUAUUCCUUUUUAAGUAUAUCCAUUACGUUGUCAUUGUUAGGCUAUGACAAAGUUGCUUUUUGGAUGAAAUCUAAUCUGAUUACUGUAAAUUCAGAUUUAUGCUUUUGUGAUGAUCGUACUUUACAAAGUGAUCGCAUGUCUACCACAGUACCGCGUAAAUUCUAAGCGGAGGACGGAUUAUCAUUGCAUUAUGCGCUCGUACAGUAUGAUUAUAUGCUUCCUAUAAUAAUAAUUUGGUUUGAAACUACUGUAAAUGCAUACCCAUAAUUAUGUAUAUAAAGGUGCACUGAUGAACAUGAGGACAACUAACCUAACUGUCACGGUGCAGGAAAUUCGGUGUGAUUCGAUACGUAAAAAUAGCUCCAUUGUUUCAUGGUAAAUUGAAUAAGAUGGAGUCUAUGCGGAAAUGGAUAUUCUAGCUGGCGGGCAAACGGGAGAUAUUCGACUCCCUUGUCUGGACAAUUUGAAACCGUCUAUUGAUUUUCGCUUAACAAUCCUUAAAACGAACUUGCACCAAAAAGCCAACAGCCUUAACAUUAUCACUGUCAAUCAUCAGCGGCGUUUUUCCCAGCAUUGUACGGACGUUAUAUACACUUCAUUUUCCACAACAACUGCAAGAUUUCUCAUUGGUAAUUUUAUGGGGGAAAUUUUUUUUCUCACACUGCAGCUGUAAAUCAGUUUCCGUAUCCUCAGUUUCCGAUAAGCAGAAAUGUUGUGCUAUGUCGUGCAUGCAAUAUAUUUCCGGUUUACACAGAUUCAAUCAAUUCGUUUUUCAACCGACGCAUGGCCAUUAAUGUAAUUUAUAACUGAAGGCAAUUUGGUCAUUGUUAUGUACGGCUGACUUUGUGCAUUGGUCGAUGUCUAACAGUUUUUAUAUUAUAUUCCAUCCUUUACUUGUUCAUCAAGAUGGGAUGAGCCGUGUACCGGAAGUUACAUGAUUGACUACAUUCGCCGGAAGUUCACUUCUAGUCGGUGUUGAUAUCCUGUAAGCAGCUGAUACGUCACGAUGACAGCGACUGCACCUGUGAUUACCACCAGCGCCAUCGCGGUGGACGACGAUGAUCUGGACAGUAUCGAAGUGUUAUCUGCUCAAUACCGCCCCACUGCCUCCGUGCACCAGGACUACAGCAGCACGAACCACCAUACGCCGGCAGUAUAUGCUGCCGGUGUGCCGGUGGACACUGACCACUUAAUCAACCAUCACCACCCUCGGCAGCGCAAUCUGGACACCAUUCGCUCGGUGGAUGACUACGAGAAGGACACCUACUAUUUCCCCUCCACCCGACCGACGCCCAGUCCGGCCGACGGUGUUGCCGGUGCGGCUUCGUCGUCUAACCGGCACGGACAGCAGUCUCGCUCACGAUCGCAAUCCGGCGGAAGAGUGCCGGCUGAUCAUCGGCUGGUAGGCGGUGUAACCGGCAAUAAUGCCCAUUCGGCAUCUGCCGCUGCCAAAUCCACCCUCAUUCCUGUGCCUAUUUAUAACGGUGAUAUGGUGCUGCUGGAGACGGCAGCUGCCACUAAUUCGACUAAAGAGUCCCUCUCACCGGAAGAGCGCAAGCGUAAACGUAUCACCCUCGCUGUCGGGAUAAUUGCAGGGAUAAUAAUAAUUGCCAGCAUCCUUUUGGUGGCGAUUACCCUGAACAUGACAUCACGGAUCGACGCGAUCGUGAAAGAGCAAAAUGAUAAUAUAUACGCUCAGCUGACAGCCAACAGUGAUUAUGGAUUAUCAUGGAAGAAUUCAUCAUCGGCCCAAAAUUACCCCAUCUUGCAAUAUUCCAACCGUGAUAGUAUAUGAAUUGCGUAAGUGCGUCAUAAAAUCCGUACUGCGUAAUGCAGCCCAUUUUGCCGGAUUCCUUGCGAUAAAAGAUUUUGUUGUGACGGGCUUCGUUGGUCUCGACGUAGCAAGUAUGGGAAAGAUGGCAACGGGAUCUCAUCAUGGAUGAAUAUAUUUUUUCGGUGCCUAUUCAUGCGCUUUACACUUUACAGUGUGUGCCGUGUAGAAAGCAUGGCUGGAUCUCUUCUUGUACAGAGAGUGUGUUUAACGAGUAAGCGGCUUACAAGUGACCUUUACUGUUAUCUUUCUGCUCAAAAUGUAGUUUUCGGUGUGGUUGAUUGGAAUUCAGAGAACGAUAUAUUGUUUGCGACGAAUGAAGUAUUGCUAACCAUCACUCAUG